CCGGCGAGCCCCAAACCAAAACCGACUUGGAAUUGCAGACUCGAAGAAGCUUUAUACAAAGAGAAGAAAGAAAGAAUCAGAUGAGCGAAAAACCCGAAGAGACCAUGGAGGUGGACAAAACGACGUCGUGCCUGGCAAUAGGGAAAGCAACAAUGGAGAGCAUAUCGGAGAGAUUAUCGGAGCUCGAGGAUUUAUACUUCCCUAAAGCACUUGAAUCUUCAGCCGUGAAUCCAUCUCAGCGCAAGUCUCUCCUCCUCGACCUCCUCUCUCGCGACGUCCCAGUCUUCUUAGAGAGAUAUGGAUCGCAGUUGAAAUUCGAGGAGUUGGAGGAAUUUGAUGUGUUGAGAGAUGAUUAUGAAGUGAAGUGGCAUUUAGAUCACUUACGGAGUGUGAUGAGACCGACGGAGGAGGAAUUGAAGUUGAGGUCGGCAAAGGUUAAGAAUAGGAGGCGAGCUUACAUGGAUAAGUUGAUAUAUGAUGGGCAGUAUUUUUCGGAGUAUGCUAUGAGGGAAAGAGAGCCGUAUUUGCACCAUGAGUAUGUGGGGCAGUAUCAGGACCUUAGCGGGAGGAGAAUGGCUAGGCCGGGGGAGAGGUGGUCAGAUACGCUGAUGAGAAGGGUAGAUGAGGGGAUUUUGGUGGCUAAGAUUAGGAGGGAACAACAGAGGUUGGGUGUGGCUCAGAGGGAUUGGGUUGGGGUUGAGAUGGAAUUGCAACAAGAGGAAGUAGAGGAGGAAGAAGAAAGUGAAGAAGAAGAAGAAGAAGAAGAAGAAGAAGAGAGUGAAGAAGAAGAAGAAGAAGAAGAAGAAGAAGAAAGCAAGAAGGGCUGCAACGCUAUCGGGAGAUCCCAUAAGCCGGAGGUCCUCUCGGCAAGUCAUGAGAUCACUAACAAUCAACCCACAGCUGUAAUACCUGGUCAGGGAGUCCAGUUAUCAGAAGAGGAAAUGCAAGAUCAAAUGGAUCAAUUUACUCACGUCAUGCAGCAAAAGUUUAUGUCGGGGGAAGAUCACCAGCAUUUAGAUUAUUCAAAAAUAGACGGGGAUGAGAGUUUAGAUGAUCACUGGAUGAGGGAGGCUAAUCAAGAUGCUGAAGAGAAAUACUUUGACGAUGAUUAACUGCUGAAUUUGUUUGAAUUUCUGACGACAAUGCCAGGGGAAGUGGUAAGGUUCCCACAGUUAACCGGGGGCUUUUUCUUUUUUCCUCAAAUCCUAUUUAGGUCAGGACUUCAAUUACAAAACUUUAAAUAAACAUAGAGAAUUUGUCAUUGUGGUAUGGUCUUAAAGAUAUGGUCUUGUGUUGUCAAAGACUAUUGCAAAAUUGAUAUUACUAAUGUUGGGUUUUUAAUCGAUAAAAAUA